AUUUCAAAAGUUUGGCAAAUGUAAUUUUUUCAUAACAAAACUAAUUACAUAUACAUAUAUUAAAAGACAAUGAAACUGCAUCAACUAACUAAUUGUACAAAAACAAUAUUGCUUUGUCUAAAUUUGAGCAAAGCAGGGCAACAUCGACAAAUAAGUAUCGCCAAAUGUCUAGGAAGAUCACUAGACCCAGUGUUGGAACAGAACAAAAGUGCACCAGUGGCUGAUGCCACCGCACAUUUUGAAUUCCAUGGCGAUUGGCCGGUGGCGGAAAAACAGAGCUUCCUAAAGGAUAUGCGCUUGCAUACAAACUUCGUAAGCCAUGAAGAAGAAAAUAAAUUAAUUGAGGAAAUUGAGCCCUAUAUGAAACGUUUACACUAUGAAGAUGCACAUUGGGAUGAUGCUAUACAUGGAUUUCGCGAAACGGAACGUAAACAAUGGUAUCCACACAAUCGCGCGGUACUCGAGCGUGUACGACAAAUAGCUUUCGAUGGUGAGAUUAUGCCCUAUGUGCAUAUACUGGAUUUGGCGGCAGCGGGUGUUAUCAAACCACAUGUGGAUAGUACAAGGUAUUGUGGCAAUACAAUAGCCGGUAUUAGCUUGCUGAGCGACAGCGUUAUGCGUUUGGUACGUGUCGACGAACGUAAAUAUCAACAAGGUCAGCCUGUGGAAGCGCCUGCGGGUGCAAGUGAGAAUAACACUGCCGCUUCAGUUGCGCAAAAUGCAGCAGAGCCGAACGAUGCAUAUCGCAAUCAACCUGUUACGACUUUAGAAAAUAACUUCUACGUCGACGUGCUGUUGCGUCGUCGGUCGAUGUACAUAAUGAGCCAUACUUCACGCUACAAUUUUUCGCAUGAAAUACUGGCGAACGAUGUGUCUUCCUUUCGCGGGCAACACAUUAAAAAGGAUCGUCGUAUCUCGAUUAUAUGUCGAAAUGAGCCGUAACAAAUGGACGGCUUAUGCUAAAAUAUUCUUUGCAUUAGCUUUAAAUAUUUUAAAUAUUGUGAAUAAACUAUAGUUGGCAGAA